GGCUACCUCAAAUAACUGCACUAAUCUUGCUUGCUGCUCAAGCUUUGUCCACAUCCAGCAUGUGCAAUGACAACCUUUUUUGCGUGACUGGAACUAAAGAUACAAGGGAUAAUAUUAUGAUUACCGUGCACAGCUCUGCUCUCGGAUGGGUUGGUUUUGGUAUCGGAUCUGGCAUGGCCGACUCGAGUAUAUAUUUGGGAUGGAAAAACACGACGGGCGGAGUAAUUCUUUCUUCCCGCCAGUCUUCAGGAUAUGCUGUUCCUCGUGUGAGUACUGAGAACAUUGUCACGCUUGUGGCUACUCCUGCCAACAUUAUUGCACCAUCAUGGGCCAGAAUCACAUUUACCUUUGUGCGACCUGCAGUCUCCAGCAUCAAGAGUAUCACAUCGGGCUCUACCUAUAUCUAUGCCAUGUCAGACGUGCCUCCAGCAAAUCUUGAUAGUCCAGAAACCACUAUAAGAAUUCACAAUCGCCGAGGUGUUAUUCGAGGGUUGGAUCUUACCACUGAAUUUGGGUCUAACAAUACCUCUGCUAUACCAACCGGCCAUACGGAUCAGCCCGUUCUCCAGCUUCCCAACGGUGUGUCAUACGACUACAUCCUGCGUGUUCAUGGAAUCAUGAUGGUGGUUGCAUGGUCGAUUUCUCCUGCAAUUGGUAUUUUUGUAGCGAGAUAUCUAAAAAUUACGCUUGGCGCAAAGUGGUUCCAUUUGCAUAUAUUCUUCAUGUUUGUUGUAACAGGUAUUCUUACUAUUGCAAGCAUCGUGGUUGUAUAUAUCUACAAAACAUCAGCCCAUUUUUCAUCCUACCAUGAGGUGAUUGGUCUCACAGUUGGUGUAGGCAUGCUUGUCCAGUUUUUCCUUGGAUUUUUAUCAAAUGCUACAUUCAAUCCUAAACGAUCGCGCAUUCCACUUCAAGACCGAGUUCACUGGUGGUUUGGUCGCAUCCUGGCUCUUCUUGCCAUCGUCAAUGUCUUUUUUGGUAUGAAUCUUUACGAUUCUCUUGGAUUCCCUAUUUCAGUUGGAUAUAAGAUUGGGUUUGGUAUUUUGAUUGCCGUUAUUGUCAUUUGUUUCAUAGCCGCACAAUGCUUGAUAGGCCAAAAACAUCAUGACGAGUCUACAGAUACGCUUUUCCAUUCUUGAUUUGUCUUGAAAUUCAAAAUAUAAAAAUGAUGAUAUUUGAACUC